AAAAACUCAACACUCCUUCUUCUUCCUCCAACUUUACAGUUUUCAGUGAAAAGUUGAAAACUAUGAACUGAAGGAAGAAAAUUCAGCAUCUGAAAACAAAAAAUUGUAGAUUUUUGCAGGAUAAUUUGAUUGAUAGAUCGAUUACAAUAAAUAGAAAACAAUGAUAAGAAAUCCAUUUCAAUGGCUGAAUACAGUAGUUACAGAACCACAUUAUUUCUUCCAUUUUCUGGUUUUCUUCUCUUACCUUCCAAUUCGUAUUUCUGCUUCUUCCAUUUUUCUUCAUGAUGUUUCUCUCCUUCUUCUUCGCCGGGAGAUUCAAGCAAUUCUCGCAUUUACAAUCUUUUCUGUUGUCAGGAUGGUAAGGGAAGAAACAUGGGAGGGAGUUAUUGCUGAUACAUUGCUAUUUGGGAAGGCAUUUCUUCUUCUGCUUGCUCUAUAUGUGGAUUACCAUUUGGCUUUAUGGUACAUGGUGGCAUUUUUAGUGCUAUAUAUACUCUCUCAGCAACCUGCAUUUCCUGAACUGGGUGUGGCAAAGACUAUGACGCCAUUGCAAUUGGAAAGUACAUUGAUUGAAGGGGUUUCAUCAAGAUAUUGGCUGGUUGAAUUUCGUACUUUAAGUUCAUCAACGUGUGUACGGAAUAGUCGGAAUUUUCCUGAACUCUCUGUUACAUAUGUAAAUGAUAAUUUGUCCUUUGGUGUAGUUGAUCUUGGGCUUUUCCCUAACGUUGCUGACAAAUUUGGAAUUUCCCUAAAAGGAAAUGUGGGACUUCCAGCAUACAUAUUAUUUGAGAACGCUACCGAGGUAACUCGCUACCCAAAAGUGGAUUUCGAUGCAAAAGUUUUUCAUCCUUCUGUAACCAAGGAAUAUUUGUCUCGGCAUUUUGAGCUUGAUCGGCUUCUACUUGAAUAUGUACAUAGCAAAUAGGCAUAUGGUCAAGACUCAAGAGUUGUAUCUCAUGUUGUAAUUCUUAUAGUUCUCCAGCACACGAGAUGUAUUUGUAGGCCUUUUUUUUUUUUUUUUUUUUUUUUUUUUUUGAGGGCAAGAUGUAUUUGUAGCUUAAGCUUCAUUUGUUUGAUUCAUUGCUGGAAGUUUUCUACCCAAAAUUUUGUCUUUGUUGCAAUCAUAUACGUAUAUAUGUAUAAAAUCCAAAGCUUUUGUAUCGAGUUAUUACUAAUUAGUUAGGGUCAGAAAAUGAGAACGACUAUAGAUCAAUGUAUUCUGUUUUAUCCCCCGGUAGAUUAGAUUUGAUCUGAGAACAACGGAACUCCUUAAACAGAGCUCUUUGUUUGUGAAGUCAAAUAUGAAUGU